AUGAGACUUGCAGGUGCUAAAUCUAUUGCAACUCCUAUGGAGCAGAAUCAAAAACUCACCACAGUUGGGUUUGACCAACAUGUACCAUCAACUUCUGAAGAUUUAACACUAGCAGAUCCCUCUAGCUACCAACAACUUAUUGGUAGGUUACUCUAUCUCACAACAACCCGACCAGACAUAGCAUUUGUUGUACAGAGUUUGAGUCAAUUCAUGUAUUCCCCAAAGAAGUCUCAUAUGGAGGCAGCCAUGAGACUUGUGAGGUAUGUAAAACAUGAACCAGGAUCAGGAAUAUUGAUGUCUGCUACUGUUGAUAAUUUGUUGAAAGUAUAUUGUGAUGCUGACUGGGGAGCUUGCAUAAACAGUAGAAGAUCUAUAACUGGUUAUCUAGUGCACUAUGGGAGUUCUCCUAUUUAUGGAAGUCCAAGAAACAAGCCACAGUCUCAAGGAGUUCAGUAG